UGGUGUUAAUUUGAUUGUUAUCAUAUCUUACUCUUAAUGUUUCUUAAUUAGUAAUCUUUUUUGUCUCUUAUUUUGUCUCUACAGGCCAAAGGUCGAAUCUAUUUGACAACUCAUCGAGUCCUUUUCACAGCAACUCCAUUGAAACAAAAUGCUAACUUUAAGUCAUUUUCGGCUCCAUUUUUUUCAAUGUUUGACCUUUCCCUUGACCAGCCGAUAUUUGGUGCUAAUGCAAUUAAGGGUAAAGUCCGUGGGGAUCCUGAGUUUGGAUUUACCGAAAUAAUUAGACUUUAUAGAAAUUUUGGAAAAUUUAUCAAAUUGCUGUUCGAGGUGAUUGUGUUGUUUUAGUUGACUCCUUUGCUAUGUCAAUGAUGGUUAUCAUUUGGUUGACUGAAUUGUGAUUUUCAAUUUAAUUUUGAGAGUUUUAAUUCAUCUUUGUUGAUUUUGGUUAAUUUUGGCCUAUUUUGGUAAAUUAGUCCAACUCAGUUUAUUGGACGCUAUCGAUUUACAUUUAUUACCUUUUCUUGUAUUCAUUUCUUGUUUUAUUACGUUAUUAGUGCUUUUUUGUUUCUCUUUACUUGUGUGGUUUGUUUUGUUUUUGUACCAUAAUCAUCAUGAUAAGGAUUAAAGCUUUAAAUGAAGAUGUUGAUACAAGUGAUUCGGAAACUGAGGAACCGGAAAAUGGUUUGUUAACCCGAGAAGCUCAAGAGGAAAAUCUUCAGCAACUUUAUUGUGAAGCUUUGAAAUUGGUUGAUUCGGAUAAAGAACAAGCUAAAUCCGAGUUGAUCUCUUUGUUGGAUACUCUUGAUGAAUUUGAUGAAUCUUCCGGCUUGACCAAUAUUGUCCACCUUAAGUAUCUUUCUCUCAAAAAUUUGGGUCUUCUCUUUCCCGAUAAUUUGAAUUAUUUCCUCGAUGCUUUGGCAAUCGAUGGCGGUGAUGUUACUUUAUGGAUCGAAACUGGCAGACGAGCUCUUAAUCAAUUUACUAAUCUUCCACUGGCUCGUACAUGUUUUGAAGAAGCUCAUAGAAUCAGUCCAACCAAUUGGGUUGUUCUAGAUAUUCUAAUGGGUCUUUAUUAUGUUCUAAAUGAUUACAGUAAUUGUCUUAAACUCGCAAUCAAAGGUUUAACAAAAGACUGUCAUUAUUUCAAAGCUUGUUUAUUAAUAUCGGAAAUGGUGAAACAUUUUCCAUCCAUAGGAUCAGAAUUACCUGUUAAUCUACAAUAUCUCCACAAUUGGAAUCCUUGUGAAAAAGAUUUAGAAAGAAAGGAGAAAAUUUUGGCCGAAUUUUCGAAUUUGAAAGAAAAAAGAAAACGAAAAUUCUUGGAAGAUGAAACAAACCAAAACGAUGGAAGGAAAGUUUUCACUUUAAAUCUUGAAUCUACUUCGCUCUCAUCUUUACAAUCUUUGACCUCAACUCUUAAAAAGAUUUACACUGAAAUGGAAAAGGCAAAUUGUCCUCGAAGCACUUUCAUCUCAAUCGAAAGUGGAACCUCUUCAGAUGAUGUUCAAAGUGCUGAUGAGAACAUGAGUGAUGAAUAUUCGGAUAAAGAAAAGCUUAACAAUAAGCCCGAAAAACGAGGAUCUUUUCCUUUCGAGUUUAUUGACAAACGACGAUCAAGUCGAGUUCAAAAGAUCCAAAAUAAAACAAGUGAUUCCUGUGAAUUCUAAUCUAGUAUUAAGUCAAUAAUUAACACAUUGGAUGAAAAUAAUUUGGACAAAUUAUUGGAUCAACAUCGACACGAACAACUUGUUGAUCUUUCAGUUUCAGUCACAAAUAAGGCACUUUCAGUCCUUCGAGUUCAACUCAUAAAAACACCAUCAACCCGAUCAAGAGCUUGAUCAGUGACUCCAACCAAAGAACCAACUACACUUCUAAGAAGAUCACUUAGAACUCAAAAAUGAAUUAAGAUUUUCGAUUAACUAUCAAUCCACCACAAGACUACGUAUCGUUCAACCAUGAAGAAAUCAUUAAAAUCAUGAAAAUUAAAAACAAAAUGAUAAUGUUACAUAAUAAGAAAUUGUUAUUUAAGUUUUACUUACCACCAUUUAUUGAUUGUUCAUUAAAAUUUAAUUUUGAAAAUUUGUUAAUCAUUAAUCAUUUUAUUCAUUAUCACAAUCAACUUGAAAUGAGAAAAGGUUUCAAUGUAAUUAAAAGUAUUUCUCAUUUAAAAUUAAA